AACACAAUGGAGGGGAAUGGACAGCAUUAAGAAUUUUUUAUAAUUGAGUAGAAACAUUUUCAGAAUCAAAGACGGCUUAAUUGCCAAGUAGAUUUUACAAAUAGCCUACAAGGAAUUUUCUUUGGUGACUAGGUCAAUAGGCUAUACAUAAACCUCUAUAAGAGGCAAUCAGUAGCCUAAUGUCCCAUGUUACUCUGGAGAAUCCAAUGUGAACAGUUUUCACAGUAGCCUGUAGUCCCCAGUCCAGAAAGAUUUCAAAACCUGACUUGAAAAUAAAUCAGAAACUCGCAUGGCCACUGGCAACUGCAAUAACAGACCUGUUACAAUGCGGUAGUAGAGAAAUAGAAAAUGAUGUCCUGGUUCUAGUCAGCCAUCAUGCGAAUCACAGAUCCUAACACACACAUUGGUGGAUGAUGACUGAUGGAAUUGAUCAUUGGUCUUAAUGCUACGUGCACAUAGGACCAAUGAUCAAUUCCGUGCUUCACCCUGUAUCAAGCCUCAGGCUUUUGAUACAGGGUCAAGGUUUUUGCUGCUCCACGGUACAGGGUCCGUGGUACUACAGGCCCGCACUGCGUCUCAUGGUGAUUUCCCUAUCCUCUCGUUCAGGCGGUGACUCUCCCCAGCAGGCAGUGUGUGAGGGCUGCGCGCGGACCAUCUCAGACCGCUUCUUGAUGCGGGUCAACAACGCGUCCUGGCACGAGGAGUGUCUGCAGUGCGCCGCGUGCCAGCGGCCGCUCACCGCCACCUGCUACUUCAGAAACACAAAGGUCUACUGCAAGGCGGACUACCAGCAGUUGUUUGCCACCAAGUGCAGCGGCUGUCUGGAGAAGAUAGUACCCACAGAGUUUGUAAUGCGAGCACUGGAGAGUAUUUACCACCUCAGCUGCUUCUGCUGCUGUGUCUGUGAGCGCCAGCUGUGCAAAGGAGACAAGUUUGUUCUAAAAGAAGGUCAGCUGCUGUGCAAGAGUGACUAUGACAGGGAGAGGGUCCUUCUCAGCACAGUCAGUCCAGACAACUCAGACUCAGGUAAGAGUGAGGACGAGGAUCUGGAUGUGAAGACAGAGAAGUGCCGUGCAGCAGGGAAAGGCAGUGAUGACUGCAAAGACCCUCGCCGUCCCAAACGGCCACGCACCAUCCUCACCACUCAGCAGAGGAGAGCCUUCAAGGCGUCCUUCGAGGUCUCCUCCAAACCCUGCAGAAAGGUGAGAGAGACCCUGGCUGCAGAGACAGGACUCAGUGUACGUGUGGUCCAGGUCUGGUUCCAGAACCAGAGAGCAAAGAUGAAGAAGUUAGCCCGCAGACAACAGCAACAGCAGGAGCAACACAACAGCCAAAGGCUAGGCCAAGGUGAGGAUUUAUCAUAUGUAAUAUCAGGUUGUAUGGAGGGCCUGCUCAGCUCAUACUCAGGGCCGCUACCUCCAAACCAGCAGCAGCUGGUGUCCAUAGAGCACAACUGCUGCAACACUGACCCAUUCCAGCAGGGCCUCACCCCACCACAGAUGCCUGGUGACUACAUGAACCCCUACGGUACUGACUCCAUCUUCUAUGACAUUGACAGUGACACCUCUCUGACAAGUCUAAAUGACUGCUUCAUGGCCACUCCAGAUGUAGGCUCCUUGCAAGUUCAUGUGGGGAACCCCAUUGACCGCCUGUACUCAAUGCAGAGCUCCUACUUUGCCUCCUGAGACCCCGCCAUCAUUGUUGGUAUUACCCCACCCACCAGACCACCUCCCAGGCCAUAAACAGUGAGCAUACAAACAGGAUAGAAUCCACCAAAUAUACCUGACUGACCUCCAGCAGCCAAAGGAAAGGUUAAACUUCACAUGCCUCCACAUGCCCCCCGCUAUCGCAGUACAUUUGACUUUUCAACUGGGUUCAUUUGUAGCUGUCAGUAUUUGUACAGAUAUCACAAUGGUAGUGUUUAUUAUUGCUAUGAAAAGUUGGACUGAAGUUCGAGUCAGAGAUUUGAAAAUGUAGUCCACAUCAGUGUCACAGAAACAUUAGUCAACAUGUGGCUUAGUAUGUAACUUAGUUUAAUAGUUUUUAAUAGGUAUUAAUAAGGCUAUGUUAUUUUUAAUGGGACAAUAAGCAAAUAUAGUUUAGUAGAGCCAACUACCAAUCUUUUCUGGUUAAUGCCAACUAAAUGAUAACUGUUGCUGAAUGUAUAUAAUGUAUAUGUAAAAACUGUUCUUCAGAACCAAUCCAGUUUUGCAUGUUAGGAUGGACCGCAAUUUAUUUAUUUAUUACCAACAUGCUGGUAUACAAUAAAUCAAAAAUUUAUAUUUAAAAAAGACAAUAUGAUCCCAUUGUAAAGUUAAAAAACAAUAAUUAAUUAUUGUAUUCUGCUAUUUAUCAUAGUAUUUGUGUUGUUGAGUUUGUAAAUUAUCAUCGCUCAUCGCUAUUUAUUUUUUUCCAGUGAGAUCAUCUGGACAUUAUUAAGAGUGCAUUUUAUAUUUGCUAACUUAUCAGAAGUG